AUGGCCAAUUUAAUCGCGUUGAGGCACGCACGAGGACAAAUCAAGGGCAGGAUAACUCGAUUCGCAACAUGGCUCAACUCCUUCGAUUCACUCACAGGCGACUUCGGAAGCUUGCUAUCACGGCUUGACGAAGCAACUAAUAUCAUAGCAGAGUUCAACGAAAUGCAGAAUAAGAUCGAGGCAAUUGACCAAGAAUCGAAUCACGAUGAAGAACGCCUUAUCUUCGAAGAUUCCUACCACACCACAAUAGGUAGGGCAAAAACGCUCUUGCAACGUUACACCAGUGCUACGCCCAACUCGGUAAUCACAAAUCAAACCGGAAAUAUAGAUAGUCCAAUGAUCAGUUCUGGCAUAAAAUUACCAACGAUGAGCUUACCUACGUUCAACGCAUCCGCGGAAAACUACAAAACUGCAUGGGAAAUGCUGACGAAACGAUUCAACAACACGAAGCUCAUGAUAAGUCGGAAUCUUCAAUCGUUAGCCGAAACUCCUUCGAUACCGAAAGAAUCGGGUCCAGCGUUACGACAAAUGCUUGAUCACGCUCAGAAGCUCUCGCGGUCCUUGAAGAUUCUGAAGGCAAAUACGUGGGACGCGGUAUUCACGUAUCAUAUUGUCAGCAAGAUGGACAACACGACGAAACGCGAGUGGAAAUGCUUCACGAAGGAUAUCGACAUGCCGACAGAAGCUCAAUUAAUCGAAUUUUUGGAAGAACGGUGCGCAAUAGUGGAUACGGACGUGGCUGCAAAGCCGGCAAUUAAAUUAAACUCCUCCGGUAAUGUGCGACAAUCGAACUCUAGACGGGACAAUACUAGUUUCACAGGCGUCUCAACAGACUCUUCAACGUGUAAGGUGUGUGAAAACUUCCACGAAGUGUACAGGUGUCCAGUGUUUAGGAAUUUAUCGGUCGCGUCGCGGACAACUGUAGUCAAAAGGCAUAAACUUUUUAUGAACUGUUUGAGAUUACAUAAUGGAAAGUGUACCUUCGGCCGAUGCCGAAAGUGUAACAGGUUCCAUAAUACGUUAUUACAUAUGGAUUCUGAUCAGCACACAUUAAAUGCCAAGGAAUCCAGUGCACCUACACCAGAUCCAGAGCAUCCACGAUCUUCUGGCAACAAUGUUCAGAAGAUGCGACCUUCCGACGGAGCCAGUACCUCCCAAUCGACGGCCCCAUUCACAGGUGCGGUAGGCACCGCAAAAUCCCAAGUACUGCUGUCCACUGCCUUGAUUUUCGUGGAAGACAGGUACGGGAAAUUACACGAAUGUCGAGCACUUCUCGACUCAGGGUCCCAGUCAAACCUGAUGACUAGGGAACUCGGCGAUCGACUCUCCUUACCUAGGGAACGAUUCAACCUGCCAAUCGGUGGCAUCAACAAUACUUCUACGAAAGUACACGAACGAGUACAAUUAACGAUACGAUCGCGACAGCACGCCUACAAGAGCACGCUGUCGGUCCUCGUCAUCGACGAGAUUGUCACGCAGCAUCCCGCCACGUGGAUCGACGCAAAACUAUUGCGUAUACCUGAGAAUCUGACCCUGGCCGACCCAACUUUCAAUCGUCCAGGCAGAAUUGACCUCCUCAUCGGUGCAUCAAUCUUCUGGGAACUUAUAUGUGCAGGUCAAAUAAAAUUGACCGACGGACAACCCAUUAUGCAGAAAACACAGCUUGGUUGGAUUAUCUCCGGAGAAGUUGCCGUCGCACAUCACAAGAAGAAUCAGACUCACCAAUUUUGUGGAUUCGUUACCGACGAACAAAUCAGCGAUCAAUUGCACCGUUUCUGGAAAUUGGAGGAAUGCAACGGAAGAUCACAUUACACACGUGAAGAACGGGCCUGUGAGGAACAUUUCCAGCAGACACACUUCCGCAAAAACGAUGGAAGGUUCAUCGUCCAGUUACCAUUACGUAGAGAUUUCUCUCAGUUAGGAGACUCAAAACAAACCGCGAUAAAACGCUUUCACGCAGUCGAACGCAAAUUAUCACGGCAGCCUCACCUGAAGGCUCAAUACAUUAAAUUCAUGGACGAAUACGAAUCCUUGAACCACAUGACAGCAAUCAGCGAUAGUCUUCCUGCGGUACAACACGUGUAUUAUAUACCUCAUCACGCAGUUCUAAAGGAAGAUAGUUUAACAACCAAAUUAAGAGUGGUAUUUGACGGUUCGUGUAAAACUACGGCUGGUACAUCUCUCAACGAUAUAUUACUAGUCGGCCCAACAAUUCAGCAAGAUCUGUUUUCGAUCAUUUUACGGUUCCGACAACACAAGUAUGUCUUCACUGCAGACAUUGAGAAGAUGUACCGCCAAAUAAUCAUCCACAAGGAUCAACGGGAUCUUCAGCGCAUAGUCUGGAGACGCUCUCCGGAAGAACCCUUGCGAACCUUCCAAUUGAAUACGGUAACGUACGGUCUUGCAUCAUCACCUUUUCUGGCAAUCCGAUGCCUACAACAAUUGGCACUGGAAAAUCGCGACCGCUUCCCUGAUUCUACUCGGAUAAUCGAGGAAGAUUUCUACGUGGACGACUUGAUCACCGGCGCAGACACAUUGGAAGAAGUAAGCCGCAUUAAAGGUGAAGUCACAACAGUCCUCCAGCUUGCAAAAUUCAAGCUAUACAAGUGGGCAGCGAACGACGAAACGUUACGCAAUAAUAUAAACAAUGAUAUUACUAUGGCGACUCGCAGUAUUGGAGACGACGUGAAAACAUUAGGUCUACGGUGGAAUCCCUUACGAGACGAGCUACAAUACCACGUGCAAGUCCCAGACGCUUCAAAAAGGGUUACCAAACGAACCAUACUAUCAACCAUAGCCCAGAUUUUCGACCCACUUGGACUAAUCGGGCCUACAACCAUUAGGGCAAAAAUCAUACUGCAACGCCUAUGGUUGUCAAAGAUAAGUUGGGAUGAAUCAGUCCCAUUAGACAUCCACACAAUGUGGACGCAAUAUGUCGGGCAGCUACAUAGACUGCAACACAUAAAAAUUCCACGGCUGGUGAAAACGCCCAGCCCGGACACGAUCGAACUGCACGGGUUCUGCGAUGACUCUGAAGCCGCGUACGGAGCCUGCCUAUACAUUCGAUCGCACACACAAAAUGGCACCUGGACUUCAAGGUUGCUGUGCGCCAAAUCAAAGGUGGCACCAAUUAAAAACGUAAGCCUUCCACGGCUCGAGCUAUGCGGCGCACUUCUGCUGGCACAGCUGAGUCAUAAGGCCACACGAGCGCUCAGAAUGAAUAUUGACCGAUCAUAUUUCUGGAGCGACUCCACCAUUACUCUGGCUUGGAUCAAGGGCGAACCAUGUCAAUGGAAGACGUUCGUCGCUAACCGGGUAUCAGAAAUCCAAAACCUCACGGAUUCUCACGCCUGGAGACACGUUAAAUCUGAGGACAACCCCUCGUCGUACCGUCUUCGUCGAGUACUCGCUGAGGUGAACGUACACCCCGGUACUGACGCGAUUCACUAG